GUUGGACGUGAACACAACGCGACAUCACAAGUCGUGUCGUCAUCACGUCCAGAUUUCGUCUCUAGUUGUUGCCUAACUUUAUGACAGUUUAGCGGUUUAAACUCCGAUGUGACGAUAGAUACGGUCAGUCGAAAAGCGAGCUGUGAGAAGCGAGGUCGAUUUUCUGCCUUUUUAGCCAAAGUAAGUAACAACCAACCUGUAACGUCUCUAACUCGAGCAGAAAUACCUCCACGGAAGUGCAUUUGGAGUGAUUUUCUUAGCAAACAACACAGGGAGAGUUACUGCAGGAAUCUGUGAACACCCUUCACAUACAGUUUACUAACAAACUGCAUCAAAAACAGUCAUUAUAAGGUACUGAGGCAGCAGCUAUCUUUAGUCGGAGUAUGACCCUGUAAUGUGUAUGUAUUAAAAACCAUUAGUAUCAGUACAUAGAGAAACAGAACAGUCAAAUGAGUCAGAAAUAAAAGUGAAAUCUAUAUAAAAAUGCGAUAAACUUCAGACAAAUAAAGUAUUUACGUAUAAAAAAAGUAAAAUAUAAAGCUAUAGGCAUUGGCACAUUACUGUUACUACUACUACGACGACUACUACUACUAUGUGAAGGUAUUUUUAGUGCAAAAGGUUUGUGCAUUUGUAACAUGUAAUUUGUAGUUGUGUACAGUGAUUGUGUAUGUGUAUUGGUAAAUGUGAAAUCCACGCUCUAUGAGUUGUGUACUGGUAGAUUUUUUUGUGUGUACUUGUAGAUUUUUUUCCCCCACAAGUACAACACAACAUCUACACAUUCACAAAUUCUGAAUUACAGGCGCACAAACCUUUUGCACCAAAAAUACCUUCAUACUAUUACCUCUGUCCUCCUGUUGAGUCAUCUGGUCUGAGAUUUUCCCCCCUGGCAGUUUUCACAAAACAUGCAAUGCACUUGAGAAAUUUGAAUCCCUUGUUAAUAACUUCAGAUAAUCAUUUUUUCAUGACAUUUUAAGCCCUUUGUGUUAUUUUGUUGGAUUCGGCUUGCAUCGCAUGAAAUUCAAAAAUCUAUCAGAAUACUUUCUCGGGUAAAUUGAAAAAGUAUUCAAGAUACAAAAAUGUUCAGUCUGUGGAAAUUAUGUUCAUUGACACACUCACAUAUGGUUUGAACAGGUAGAUGGUAGAUUCAUACAGAAACACCUCCUUAAAGUGAAGCUCUUUUCCCCUUUUGUAGAGUUAUUUCAGCUGAGUCAUCCUGAUGUGUUUUCAUUUCUUCACAGACCAUAAAGCAACCAUGUCCCAGACCAUUCCUCCAGUCCUCUCUGUGCACCCCACCCGGGCUCUGGUUGAUGAGGCGUUCAAGGUGGUGGUGACGAAUCUACCUCCAGCAACUCCAGUUACACUUCAUGCUCUCCACUACUCUGAGGACAAGGACUACUGGGAGGCCUUUGGACACUACAUCAGUGAUCACAGGGGGAUGGUGUCUGGUGAGUUUUCAUGUUUUUCCAAGUAUGUUUUCAGGUUUGAAAUCCAACAUGCUCUGUGAGGUUGUUGGUUGUUUUUGUUUUCUUGUAGCUGCACAGCAUGUGAGUCUUGGAGGGACAUACACAGGAAUAGAACCAAUGGGGUUGUUAUGGAGUAUGUGUCCAGAGCCAGGCAGCCGCACAGGUCUCAGGUAAUAAAAGUGCUCUCUUUGAACAGGACUGAGAAUUAUAACCAAAGCUGCUGCAUCUAAAGAACUCUUUGUUGCCCUUCAGGUUGAGAAAGAGGAUCGUCACCAGCCCCAUGCUGAUCCACAUCUCUGUGUACAGUGGACAUAUCACUGUGGGCUUCAGGAACCAGACUCCUCUGGCCUCUGUGCUCACAGAGAGAUGGUACAUGGCUCCAGGGGUCCAGAGGGUUGAAAUUAAUGAUAAAAGAGUGAGAGGGACCCUUUUCAUACCGCCAGGUACCCCUCUAUCAUCUACUCAUCCUAGCUUUCUUUUGUUUUUGAUAAAAGGCAAGGUGUUGUGAAUGAUCGGGGUAAUAAUCAGUUUCAUUAUACCUCAGGUCCUGGACCCUUCCCUGGGUUGUUGGAUAUGUGGGGAGGUGGAGGCGGGCUGCUGGAGUAUCGUUCGGCUUUGCUGGCGUCUCAUGGUUAUGUGUCUCUGGCGCUGGAGUAUUUCUCCCCGGGUGAGCUGCAGACAGCAGAUCUACAGAUACAGUAUUUUGAGGUUUGUGUCAUUUCAUCUCAUCCUCAAUUACAUGAUUCUGUCAGCUGUGUUACCGUUAAUAUAAAACUGUGGGCACAGACUCUAUUUGAAAGGCUAAUCUUAAAAAGUCGAGACCAUGUAUGAAGUGUUGAUAGAAACAGAUUUUGAGAGAAAAAAAACCUCUUUAUUUAAUUGAAAAUUGUGCAAAAACAACACACCAAAUGUUGAAACUAAAAAAACAUUAUUUUAUGGCAAAUAUUUGCUCAUUUUAACUUUAACCUCAGCGACAUUUAGUAAAAAAGUUAGGACAGAGACUAAAAAAUAUUGAAAAAGUUUAGCAAUACUAAAAUCACUUUGGAUUAAAAAAAAGGGCAUACUAGAGAAACUGAGUCUCCCAGAAGUAAAGAUUGGAUGAGGUGAACCACUUUGUGAGGGACUGAGAAAUAAGUUCAUCAAUUUCAGAAUAAAAUUGUGAAGAAAUUUUGAUCUUCAUCUUUUAUCAAAAGAUUCAGAGAAUCUGGAGAAAUCUGGAGGUCUUCAGGCCCUUAGGCAGCAGUGCAUUACAAACAUACAUGUCUCUAAAGUGGAAAUCACAGUAUUUCUGCAAACUGUUUGUGAACACAGUCCAUCACUGCAUCCAAAAAUACAGGUUAAAAUUACCAUACAUAUUCCCAUCAUCUAGAAAUGCUGGUGAUUCCUCUGAGCCUGAGUCCAUUUAAAUUGGCCUGAGGUGAAGUAGACAACUGUCCAGAGGUCGGAUGGAUCUAAACUAGAUACUCUGUUUGGAAAUCAUGGAUAGUGUGUCCUCAACUCUAGAGAAGAGAAACCACUUAGCUUUUUACCAGCACACAAAAAUGUGACGUUUUUACAUAGCUUUGUAUUUCAUUGCAAAUGUCAGGACUUGUUUUUUCCAAACUGAAUUGUCUUUAUUCCCUGUUGUUCUUUUCUUCACAGUCAGCGUUUAAUAUUGUCAAAGACCAUCCUCAAGUGAUCUCAGACAAAGUCGGGAUUAUUGGUCUUUCUCUCGGUGCAAUCAUCGCCUUCUAUAUCGCUUCUGAAAGCAAAGUUGCCAAGGCAAGUACCAAAUGAAAAACAUUUACCCUGUUCUUUGUCAUAUUGAAUACCUGCAAAGAUGUUCGCUUUGAUAGCAUGUUAAACACAACCAGAGUCUGAAUGGGUUUCAUUUUCUUCUGUUCCAGCCUCACUGCUGUGUUUGCAUCAGUGGCCACCAUAUAUUUGCAUUUGGAGAGACCAUCGGUUCAGUCCAGAGAGAGCAGCAAAAGUGAGAGAUCAGAUCUUUUAGCAACAUAGACACAGCACAUAUAUGUUCAACUGUUUGAGUGAUUAGAAAUUUGGAUGUGCUAACAGGGAAUUAAAGGCGCGUGUUGAUGAGAACAACUACCGCAUAUGGCGAGAUGUGCGUUUACCAGUUCCCAGCGACCCCUCAGAAAAAAUUGACGUAAGUACAUAACGUAACCAUGACGAAUAAGGGUAAUUUUAAGUAAUUUUAAAGUAAUUUUAUUGACCAGUGGUCCCUCUGAGCUGUAUUCAUGUCUGAUGUACGCCAACAAUUACAUUAAAUUUUUGGUGGUAUAAUUUCCUUUCAGGUGAGGAAAAUUACCUGUCCCUUAUUGUUAGUAACCGGCAAUGAUGACCAGAACACACCGUCAGUGGAGGCUGCUGAGGAUGUAAGUACACACAGUCACUACCUGACAAAGAGGGAAAGUCUGCAUUCAUGAGGCAAAACCUCUUUUAUUAUUUUUAAUUGUUGUCCAAACUCAUAGAAACAUAAAUAAGGGUUAACAAUUAUUUGAGGAGAAACAGGGCAAAGAUUGCUUACAGCUUUGAUUGAACUUUUUGACCCUCAGAUCGCUCAGAUGAUGAGCUCUAGUGGGCGACAGCACCUGCUGUCUACACUGACUUACCCCGACACUGGACAUCUGAUCGAGCCGCCCUACUCACCUCACUUCAGAGCCACUAACUUCAUAAAACCUACCACGAAGGAAAAAGGUGAGUCUUAUAGAGUUGUUGGUGUUCUUGACUCUGCCCUUCUGGCUGUGAUUGGUCAAGGUUUGGGGUUUUAAUAGCUGCAGACCGACUGCAUGAAAAACUAAUCUCUCGGAUUAAAAAACAUUGUAUGUGUUUCAGUGAUAGUUCUCUGGGGAGGAAGAACCAAACCCCACUCGGACGCACAGGAAGACUCCUGGAGGAAGAUCUUAGCUUUUCUAGAGCAACACCUGUACUCCAGAACACCUCCCAAAGCCAGGCUGUGAACAUCAACAGAAACAAGAAUGCUUAUAAUCGUGCAGUGCCAUCAUGUCCAACAAUACCAAGUUGCAUUUUAUAGGAAAUGAUACUAAAUACUGUCGUUAUUGUAACAAAUGAUCAGCCAAGGUUUUUACUUCGGUCAAAUUAAGCUAUAUUUUUAUAAAGUUGUUAUGACUUCGAUUAAGUCUCUGGGAAGUUUACUUAAAACCUCAAAUGUUUGUUAAUUAGAGGAGAAAUUAGCACAGGAAUGUAACCAAUCAGUGUCCAUCUCAAAAAGGUACAUGUAGUGUACUUUCCUGUCAGCAUUUCUCAUACUCUGCUACAGUUUAUAAGCAUAUAACGCACAAAAAUAGUGGACUAAUACAACAAGAGGUGAUGAGUUUAGUGUUGUUAAACUCUUUCAAACAUCGUCAGUUGCCAAAUAAACAAAAAAGAGAUGGUGUUCAAGUGGUGCUGGGUUUUUAAAGGCAGUUAUUUAUCUUUUUAAAACUUCUCGUUAACUUUCCUUUCAUGUUCAUGUAUCAAAUAAUCAGCAGUAUACUUGAAGAAAUGGGAUAGUCUGAUUUUAUUUAGGCAAAUUUGUUGCACAAUCGCUUGUUUUUAGAAACGAUUAGGAAAUUGUAUGGCUCCUUGGUUGGAUGAAAAGGCGACGUUUAUUCCCAGAAGUACGAUUCCAAAAGUGUCGGUUUGGUUUUUGCCUGUUUGUAUCAAUAUUGAUCAUGAGUGAUCAGUACCUCAUUGCUAAGGUCUCCUAAGCUAACUUGUAGCUUACUACAAGAAUCACCGUUCUCCUUGUAGGACUGCUAUCUUCACUGAUGAUAGACGGUUCAGACAGUUUAUUUCUUUACAAAACUCAGCUUUGUUAGCUGAAACAGCUAACGCACAAAUACUGUAUGAGCUAGACAGAUACAAGAGACAAAGUCCAGCUUUUUGAAGGUACUGUAUUUCCAUUCAGUUACUUAUAACUUAUAAAUGGGUGGUGUUAAAUUAUUCUGAUGUCUUUGAUGCUUUACAAAAAAAUUAUACUCCUCAAGGGUUAACUAUGAAUGUACUUAAUGCCAGUCUGAUCAAGUUCACGUGGAUGCGUUCUUUGUAUUUCCAUUAUCAUGUUUUUUUUCCGUGUGAAGGAAGAUUUUCUCAACUGAAUGCUGCAAUUAUAAUUUUUUAAAAUGUUGUGAUCACAGAUUUUGUAAAUGUAUCAUGGUUUGUUUUAGUUGUUCAAAUCUUACCUGUGAUUCAGUUUGUUCAAUAAAAAUCUCGUGGUGACACA